AAGAGCCUUCGUCCCAAGGGAAGAGGAGAGCUACAGCAGACCACAUCCGCAACCUUGAUACCAAUGCCAGGACUCAUCUAGGGCUGCCUUUUGUACUGACUGCUUUGCUGUUCAUGUGGCGAAGGGGUCCCAUAGGCUUGAAUGCACAAAGCUUUGUAGAGUGGGUACAUCUUCGGUGUAAGCAACAGGUGCUUGCAAGGCCCUGGUGUGUAUAUCACCUGUUGCAAAAAGAGUUGUGAUGGUGUAACCCUCCCUGUCCCUCCCAUGUUGGCCCAACUUCUCCAUGCGGGUGAUGAAAUAAAGUUAAUGUAGUAAGUGAGGAAUCAGAGACUUGCAAUAUACCUGUAACCUGACAUCUGAUCACCAUCUCUUUCAUCUACAGAAGUUAUUGUAUUAUGUUCCCAGUUGACAACAAUAUCUGUUACGAUUUAGAAACACAGCAACUGGGCUGAGAUCACUCAUUGGUGUUUUAUGGAAGGGAAUAAAAGGCAGCAGAAUGGAAAGCUUUGUUGUAAAAAAUGAUAAUAUGUUCUGAUGGGAUUUGGUAUAUCUUUCAGACACAGCACUGUUGUAACAGAGUUGUAUGUUUUCUAAACUUGUACAUACAGAAAGUAAAUAUUACACAGGUCUGUACUCAUAUUGAGGGGCCUUGGUAUUGUAUCAGUGCUCAAAAGUAUGGUUCUCGGGUAUUUUAAUGUGAUCAUAACUAAGAUUUAUAUAUUUUGAUUAUGUGCCCAUAUUGCAUCUCUUGGAUAACUGAGACUUUACAGGUGAGCUGGAAACGUAAGCCUAAACAAAAAUGUUCCUGCCCUGUGUAAAUCUAAACUAAGUGUAUUUAGGCAGCCAGACAGGAGGCCUGGGUUUCAGAAGUGCAGAUCCCCUCCAGGUCCAGUUGACUUGGAUUGUCUUGCACCUCAGAAAAUCAGAGGCCACUCAUGGAGAUGCCUAAACAUAGAUUUCAGGUUGUAGCCAUCUUGGUCAAGGGACAUGGGCAGACAGGUUUCUUUGGGUAACUCUGAUAUCUUUUAUUAGACCCAGGUUGAAAACAUUUAACCAUAAUAAGUCUAAGAGUAAUUGAAAAAGCUGCAACUUUUCAAUUGGUUCAUUAUGCCCUUUGUUUAUUUGCUCAGUAGGUCCAUGGAGGAUCUGCUCCCUCCACAUGGUGUGCUUUGCUGGCUGAUUGAUGCUGUUGUAUCCACCCCAGAAUAAUGCUGAAGCCCAGGAAGGCAAGACUCGGAAAGACUUUUGGUCCCAGAGUGAAGAAGUGCACCAGAUGUCAAGUGCCCUCAGAUCUAAGAUGGAGUGGCAGUGGCUCUGCCUCUGCAUCUGGCUACAGACCACAGGUCGCCUCACCAGUUCCAGUCUCGUUCAGAAUCCACCACAUAUUAUAGCCCUGAAACACAGCAAUACCACAGACAUUGUCUGUGUAAUAAGUGAGGAGCUUUCUAAUCAGGGCAUUUACUGGUACCGCUGGAGCAAGGGGAAAGAAACGUUCCAGUUUAUAGUAUUUGUGACGAUGAUUAACAAGUACAUUUAUGGCAGUGGCUUUGACAACAGCAGGUUUUACAUAAGCAAGAACUUCCGAAACUCCCAUUCCCUGAAGAUCUUCCACGUUCAGCCAUCAGACAAGGGCACCUAUUACUGUGCUGUGUCCCACUCUUCAAGGCUCAUCCUCAGCAGUGGGACAGAGCUGAGUGUAGGUAAGUGCUUUUUUACACAGGCCAGAACCUGUCUGAGAACUUUGGAGCAUCCUGUUUUUUGGUACAGCGAGACCUCAGUUUAGGUGUGGCUGCAAUAUAAAUAUUAAAGCAACAGAACUAAUUAAAACAGUAGGUUUGUAUUGAUGGGUGCUCAGAUCCUGCUAAUUUUCCUCAUUGCUUUCAAUGACAUUGUCAAUGUGGGCAGGAUAAGAAAGCUUUGGAACGUGCUGUAAGAGAUGUCCAUAUUAGUCAGAAAACGUAGAGAAAUUGCUUUAGGAGAAUGACAGCUUAUAAUAAAUUGUAACCUUUUUGCUACCACCAGUCUCCCAAUUACAAUUACACUGAGGCGGUCUAACACUGCGUGUUUGAGGAUUUCUCUAGUUCCAGAGCAACUUUUCCUAUGAAUCUGCAUCAUUUUCUUACUUGAGUUCACAGAUCAUCCUCGCUGAUCCAUUCUGUUUCUCACACCCCAUUGACUGGUAUCCUAAUGAUACCCUUAAAUUAGGGGGGAUUCGGUGACUGUGUGGGUCAGUCAGAAGACAUCAUGCUUUUCACAACCAGGCCCUGAAUACAAGAUUGCUGCAGGCUGAUAAUAGCUGGUAUCUCUCACCACUGAGCGGUUGUGAAUGUAUUAUGUGAAAUGGGGCAGGAGUCUCCAUCCACAGUCCCCCCAGGGACCAGUUUCCACAUCAUCACUGAUGACAUUGGUGACAACCUU